AUCCGGGUCGGGGUAGGUUGGUUACGGGCUGCGGCGCUGAGCUGAGCGGGGCUGGAGGAGAGAGCAUUGCAUUUAAAACCGCCCAGGGAAGACACCGCAUUUACGAGUUUAGUUUUUUUUUUUUUUUUUUUUUUAAUUUGCUCCUCUCUCUCUCUCACUGUCUCUCUCUCUCUAUCUCUCUCUACCCCUCCUUCCUUCCCUCCUUCCCCUCUUUCUCUCCCUCCUUUCUUCCUCUCCUGUGUUUGGACUCUGUCCGGUCCAGAAUGAGUUGGUCGAGAGGAAUGCAGCACCGGCUUCACCUGAGCAAGUGGACGUCUUUUCUCUGAAAGCCCACUUAUUUCCUGCCUUUGGCUUUUAUUUUAAUUUAUUCUUCAUUGCUUCCUUCUCUUUAAAGAAUCCCACCUUUCGGUCGUGUCAAGUUUUUUUUAUUUAUUUUUUUUUUUUAAAGAGGACGGUUAUGCAGGUAGUGAUUCCUCCAGGAUGCACCUCCGCCCCGUUGUUUACAUCUUGUAAUUGGAUUUUGCAGCAGUUGUAGUAGCAGCAGCAGCACAGGUUUUCUCCCCUGUCCUCCUCCUCCUCCUUCUCCUCCUCUUCGCCUUCGUUAUCCUCCUCCUCCUCCUCCUCCUCCUCUCGCUGGGAGCUGUGUGUCCCGGGUGGUCCAGCCUUUGCGUCUCGCUCGCAGCAUCAUGGGACUACCUGCCCUGGAGUUCAGCGACUGCUACCUGGACAGCCCUCAGUUCAGGGAGAGGCUCAAGUCCCACGAGCUGGAGCUGGACAAGACCAACAAGUUCAUCAAGGAGCUGAUUAAAGACGGCAAAGCUCUGAUCCAGGCCCUGAAAAGUCUUUCAACGGCGAAGAGGAAGUUCGCUGAUUCUCUGAAUGAGUAUAAAUUCCAGUGCAUCGGAGACGCAGAGACGGAUGAUGAGAUAUGCAUAGCCAAGUCGCUUCAGGAGUUUGCAACUGUCCUACAGAACCUGGAGGAUGAGAGAACACGGAUGAUCGAGAAUGCCAACGAUGUGCUGAUCAUGCCGCUGGAGCGGUUCAGGAAAGAGCAGAUCAGUGCAGCCAAGGAGGCCAAGAAAAAAUAUGACAAAGAGACAGAGAAGUAUUGUGCAGUGCUGGAGAAACACCUCAGCCUUUCAGCGAAGAAGAAAGAGUCACAUCUACAUGAGGCGGACAACCAGGUGGAUCACGUGAGGCAGCACUUCUACGAGGUUUCUCUGGAGUACGUCUUCAAGGUGCAGGAGGUCCAGGAGAGGAAGAUGUUUGACUUUGUGGAGCCUCUUUUGGCGUUUCUUCAAGGCUUGUUCACCUACUAUCACCAUGGUUACGAGCUGGCUAAGGACUUUAACCACUUCAAGACUGAUCUCACCAUCAGCAUACAGAAUACGAGGAACCGGUUCGAGAGCACGCGCUCGGAGGUGGAGAGUCUGAUGAGGAAGAUGAAGGAGAAUCCACAUGAACACAAGAGCGUCAGCCAGCACACCAUGGAGGGAUACCUGUUUGUGCAGGAGAAACGCUCAUUUGUGUCCACCUGGGUGAAGUACUACUGUACGUACCACCGGGAGCCCAAGAAGAUCACCAUGGUCCUGUUUGACCCCAAAUCUGGAGGCAAAAUGGGAGACGAGGAGAGCUUCACCCUCAAGUCGUGCACGAGGAGGAAGACGGACUCGAUAGAAAAGAGGUUCUGCUUCGAUGUGGAGGCUGUGGACAGGCCGGGAGUGAUCACCAUGCAGGCUCUGUCAGAGGAGGAUCGCAGGUUGUGGAUGGAGGCCAUGGAUGGGAGAGAACCGGUCUACAACCUCAACAGAGACAACCAGGCUGAAGGCAUGGCCCAGCUGGACGUGACAGGCUUCAACGUGAUGAAGAAAUUCAUCUAUGCAGUGGAGACUCGAGGUAUCGAUGAACAGGGCCUGUACAGAAUCGUCGGCGUCAGCUCCAGAGUGCAGAAACUACUGGGCUUGACUAUGGAUCCUAAGACGUGUGCAGACGUGGAGCUGGAAAACCCAGAGUGGGAGAUUAAGACUAUAACGAGCGCUAUGAAGCACUAUCUCAGGAUGCUGCCUGCACCUCUCAUGACGUACCAGUAUCAGAGGAGCUUCAUCAAAGCAGCCAAGAUGGACAACCCAGAGGCCCGGGUGACGGAGAUCCACGCGCUGGUUCACCGGCUGCCGGAGAAGAACAGACAGAUGCUGGAGCUGCUGAUGAAACAUCUGGCCAAUGUCGCCAGUCACCACCAGCAGAACCUGAUGACCGUCGCCAACCUGGGCGUGGUGUUCGGUCCGACUCUGCUCCGGCCGCAGGAGGAGACGGUCGCAGCCAUCAUGGACAUCAAGUUCCAGAACAUUGUGGUGGAGAUCCUCAUAGAGCACCACGAGCGGAUUUUCAGUGACGUCCCGAACUCUGCGGCCGCCGGUCCAGCCAACAUGCAGCUCAACCUGCCCAGGAGGAGGAGCACGGAGAGCAAACCCCCGUCCUGCAGCGAGAGGCCUCUCACGCUCUUCCACACGCCGACACACUCUCAGAAAGGUGAAAAGAGGAACAGCGUCGGCAACGCCACGGCCUCCGACCUGCAACAGCCGGUUUCCUCCACCACCAACUGCAACAGCAGCAGCAGCAGCAGCAGCAGCGGCAGCCAAUGCCGAACCCCGAGACACAGUCUGACCAGCAACGACGGCGAGCACGAGAACCGGCAGGUCCGACCCAGCUCACUACUGAACCCAAAGAGUCGAGGCAGCAUACCAACCAGCGUGACGUCUCCGAGUCCCACCUCUCCGCGCUCUCCCUCCUGGCCCAUGUUCUCGGCUCCUUCCAGUCCUCAGCCGGCCUCCUCCGCAUCCAGCGACUCCUCUCCGAUCAGUGUUGCCGGCAGGAAGGCUCGAGCGCUCUACGCCUGCAAAGCAGAACACGACUCUGAGCUGUCCUUCAUCGCUGGAACCAUCUUUGAAAAUGUUCACGCUUCCAGGGAGCCCGGGUGGCUGGAGGGGACGCUCGAUGGUCGGAGUGGACUGAUACCAGAAAACUACGUGGAGUUUUUAUAGUCGGGGGCCUGAGGCCAGAGCCGACCUGGACCUGGACCUGGACCUGGACCUGGACCACUCUGGAAUAGAGGAGACCAAACUGAACAGAACCGACUGCACAAAACUCAACAGACUCCACUAGAUUUUCUAUUAAACCGAUGAGGUGACUCUCGUCUUGACUGGAAACUGAAACUGGACCAAGCGGAACCGUGUGGAGUGGACACAGGAAGGAGGCGUAAGGGGGACUGGAGGAAGGCGGCUGAAUUGCACUGGGAAAAAAUAAAUAAAUAAAUAAAUAAUAAAAGAGAGAAAAUAAAGAUGAUAAGGCCGCCUCUAAAAGUCCUGGUGAAUUAAUAUAGUAAUGAACCUGGUGUGAAAAAGGAGAAAUUAGAGAGAAUAGCUUGUACAAAUGAUUAUAUUUGAAGUUGUGAGGCUUUGUUUUUUUUAAUUUUUUUUUGCUUUCUUAUGAUGAACUUCUCCACCACUGCUUCAGCAUCUCCUCUUAUCAGCUUCAUGUGGAGAUGAUGACAGGGAACAUAAUAGAAAGCAAGUGGCCUUCAGCUUUGGACUCCCUGCUCCACCUCUCCACUGAUUGAUUGAUUGAUUGAUUGAUUGAUUGAUUGAUUGCGUGUUGGGGAUCUGGAGCGUUUAAAGCUGAUUGAAGUGCUUGUGUUUGGCUGUGAUGUAUUUGCGGGGCGCUCGCUGUGGUGGUCCUGUGAUUCCCCCGGGACCAGACCUGGCUAACGUUUCGCGUCGAGCAGCAGCAGCAGCAGCAGCAGCAGCAGCAGGAGCCCCAGGGCAGGUCGCCACAGACUGAGGUCGCCUCCGAAACAGUUCGCCGAAAGGUCAGCGAAGGGAGGAAGGAAGGAAGGGUUCCUCCUUAUUUAUGAUGUUUCUCCCCGCGGAGCCGUCGCCAAAGAAACGUUUCAGGACGACCUCGGCGAGCAGAUCGGCAGCGGUUUACAGGCGGCCCAGCUGUGAGGCCUCACUCUGUGCAGAGUGCAGAAUCGUGUUUGCACAAGUUCAAUCCAUUCCAAGAAUUAUAAUCAACUUUGUCUCCUGCUGAAAUUCAGGCGUUUGCUUUUACUGCCGACGCGUUUUUAUCCAAAAAAGAAUGAGCUCAGUCAGUGCGAACUCACCUGCGUCGUCUCGUUUCUCCGUACAAUCACAAAGAUUAUGCUGACGAUAUGAUAAUGUUUGUGCAUUGACACUGAAGAGUGUCAUCAGAUCAGAGCAGGUUUGUUAGUAGAAAAUCAGUUUUUUAAAUUUAACCAGAGUUUUUCAUGUCAGCGUAAAGACAAACCAAAGAAAAAGUUAAAUUUACAGAUGAUCUGCUUUGGGGCUCUUUUUCCUGCAACGUGGUGACGUUCACAAAUACAUUUUUUAUUUACUUUUUUUUAAUGUUUUUUUUUUCUUUCAGAUUCUUGAAACAAUGUUUUAAAAAAAAAUCAAAAUGGGAGAGUUCAAAAUAAAUAAAUGUGAAAUGAGACUACUUUGUUCAUAUUCUAAACUUUUUAUUUAUGACUUUCUUAAAGGCUAAAUCCUGAACUGUAUUCUUUUUUUUUUGAGGUGUUUUAUUGAGAUUGUACAUACACAGCAUUUAAUAAGGUAUACUUUUUUUUUAAGUAUGAAAUUUUAUAUUUUGUAUUUCUAGCAUACUAACUUAAUUCCUAAAUUCCAUCUUUGUUGCCCAGAUUUUUUUUUUUCAUUUAAGUCUCUACAGCCUUAAAUAUUCUUUCCGAUGUUCUGGUGAAAGGUUGUGCAGAAUUAAAGAUAAAUGUUGAACAGCU